AUGGCGUUUCGUGUCUUAUCUGAGAGUAAGCAUUUUUAUUACUUUGAGUAUAAGGAUAAUAAUGAUGAUACACCUAUUGAUAGUAUUAAAAGGAUCAAUUUCACCCCUCUAUUUGGUUAUAGAGUUUUUGGUUCUUUUAAUGGCUUGGUCUGUUUUAGAACUGGAUUCCGAUAUGAUUCUGUUUAUAUUUGUAACCCUGUGACGAGAGAAUAUGUUAAGCUACCAAAAUUUAACAGAGACUCCGAUCACUCUAUUCCUUGGACGAGAGGGUUUGGUUACCUUCCAUUGACUAAUGAGUAUCAAGUUGUUGAAAUUCAUAGGUUAAGUGCAGACCUCAAUAUUGUUGAAGUUUUGGUGUAUACUGUUGGCGGUGGCAGUGGAUGGAAAAUUGUUGGAAGGUUUGAUAUUCAGGAUGGCAAAGCACAUGUUGAAAAACAUGGUGUCUUUGUGAAUGGAGCACUGCAUUGGGUGGAAUCGACAUGCGGAAGGGUUUUUGUUUUUGAUUUGACUGAGGAAAAGUUUCGUGAACAUGUUUCACGACCUCCUCGGCCACCAGAUUCUUUGUGGCCUGAAUAUGGUUCUAUAGGGGUUGUGGGUGGGGUUUUAUAUUAUUUUGUCAAAUAUUUCAGCCAAAUUACCAGAAUGCAUAGUUAUGACAUAUGGCCACUGAAAGGGAAGAACGAUACUGGUGACAUGAAAGAGCAGGUGGUGCAAGAGCCAUUAGGUUGGAGAGAAAAGUUCACUUUUUACGUUGGAAAACCAUUAUCCUUUACCAAGAGUAGCGGUGUUUUAUAUUUCAAUUCUAGGGAUCUCGGCAUUUACGAUGCAAGUGCUUCAACCUCGAAAGAGCUUGUACGGUUUAGUGCAGUUAGUCAAAUAUUUCCUCAUAAAAACACCUUAGUUUCGUUGAAAUAA